AUGGCUGCAGUGAAAUAUCUGAUAAAGUACCUAAAACACACCCGUGACUAUUGCAUAGUAUUCAGGAAGAGCGGAAAUGAGGCAUUGAUUUUUUCUGAUGCUGACUUUGCCAACAACAAGGAGGACAGAACAUCAUUCAGUGGACUGGUGGUGUGUAUUGCCGGAGGACCCGUGGAGUGGAGAUGCAAGAAGCAAACGGUGGUUGCUACGUCCGCACAACAGGCGGAGUACAUUGCUAUGGCUAUCGCUACGCAAGAAGCACUGUGGCUCUGUGGUAUAUUAAGGGAGAUCAAUGCAAGUGAUCUUUGCAUGGUGCCAUGCAUCCUUGCUGACAACACAUCAGCAAUCAACCUUGCAGAGAAGGACAUUGUAAAUGAUAAUUCCAAGGGCGUGGAUGGGAAGUAUUGGUCAAGUUGCAAUAUGUGGCAUCUCGUGACAGUCUAG